CUCUAGCGGAUAUUAUUGGAACUACUUUGCGUCAUGAACACUACAAAUCGUGCGUGUCGUGUUUGUAUUCGUGGAUAAUAUUUAUUUAUUUUUGACUUUCGUGACCGACUUAGUGGGUGAAUAUUGGUUGAGUAAUUAUGAAACUUUAUGAAGGUACAUGCAGUUUUUGACUAUUUUAUAGAUCGAUAUAAUAUAUUUACACAUCCGAUUUUGAAUCAAAUUAUAAUCAUAAGAAAUGAAGCCUUCAUCUACUGAUAAGUAUAAGAAAAAUGGGUACCAAUCAGAUGAUGACAAUGUGAGAUACAAAAUUAACACUAGUUACUUCAACAAUGCUGCAAAAUCACCUAAACUAAAGAAGGUUAACAAAACAGAGGAUGAUGACAACAUACGCUACAAAUUUCCCACUGUCUUGAAUAAACCUAAACAAAGUGAAUUGAAACCAAAACCCAAACAAAAAAUUAAAGUAAAUUUUUGGAGUAAUAAGCACAUUGUGAAUCGAUUAAAUAAUAAUGAUUUGUCUAAGCAAAAAAGUAACCGUAGACACACAGUAGGUGCAAUAACUGAAGAUACAAAUACUAAUAAAUCAAAACAAGCUGCCGUUAAAGUUAGGAAACGGGUAUCAUUCCUGCCAUCCCCGAUAUUUUCAGACAACCAUGUACCCAUGGUUACUGUGCCUGAUGAUCUGACCAUACAACUGAAUGAGGAAGAAGCUAAUGAUUUAGCGGAAGAUCUCAAUUUAGCAUUUGUAAAUAGUGGGAGCAGUGAAAAUAAAAAAAGUGAAUCACCAAAAAGAAAAGCUAGAAAUGCAAAUUUGACCAAUCCACGAGAGGCUAAACGUAAGCGAAGUUUAGAAGACCCUGACCCUAAAAAUCAAGGAAGUGAGAAUGAACUUGAAUUUUUUUCUAAAUAUGUUGUACAAAAGUUGAGACGUAUGGAGACAAAUCAGCGUAUAUAUUCAGAAAACUUAAUCAAUACUGUCCUUAUGUUAGGUCAGCUUGGCACACUGAAUGGGAAGUCAAAGAUAACAGAAACAUAAUAUUGUAGAGCAUUUGUUUAUUAGUUAAAUGAAGUAAAUAUGAUUAGCAUAAUAUUGUUUCAUAGUAAUUUAUCGAAAUAUCUUUAAGUCAAGGACCAGAUCCACAAAGACAUUAUAACUACAUGCAAUGAUAGAGAGGCGCAUGUGCAAUAAAUUGCUAACUUAAGUACAUAUUAAAUAUUAAUAAUCAUGUAGCCUCUAAGUUAUUAUAUUAUGGUGCUUUACAUAAGGGUGCCCCAAAAGAAGUUACAUAAAACUACAUUUUGUUUUGAUUAUUUGUUAUUGUUUUUGUGAAAAUUAUGUAGAGUUAAACUAUCUCUAACCAACAAAGAAAAUAUUUUUCCAUUGUUUAAGUAAUGCCUUAUAAGCAGACUCAUAUUAUGUUUUGGUUAAUGCUGUUGAAAAUCUUGUUACUAAUGUCUAUGUAUUAUUGUUACCACAAAUGUUAAACUAUCUACAAUUGUCCCUCCAUUUUUGAUGUUAGUACAUACAAAAUAAUUGGUUUUAAAAGAUCAAUUUUAUUGCAAAUGUUGAUAGUUUACUUAGUAAUUAAUAUAACCUAAUGAUGCCUCAAACUUGUAUACACAAAAGAAUGUUAAGUAUAAGCACUUAUAAAAUGUUAGUUGCAUUAUUUAUUACUGUUUACAAAAGCAUUAGAUAUACUUAAUCAGUGGCUAUGCUAACAUAUUACAUUUUGGUGUUAAAACUAUUAAUUAUGUUAAGAUUUUGCUUCUAUAGUAGGGUAUGGACAAAGAGAAACAAUUAAGUCUUAAGAUUUACAUUUCCUUAUUAUUUUGAUUAAGAUCAACAUUUAUCACUUUGCCAAUUAUGACUGUGAUGAAUAAACAAAUAAAUCUUAGCACAACUAUUUUACAUAAUCCACAUAUCUUUAUAAUGUAAUCUGUGGCAAUUUGUUGAUGUUUUUGGCAGAAUUAAAUAUUUACACGGUAUUUAUUGAUUGUUGUAUAUUUAAAGGGUUAAGUUAAGGUUUGUCUUUUGACUUCAAAGUUAUUUGAAUCACUUUGUGAGACAUUUACUGUUGUAAUUGUCUGCCUUAUACUACUAAUAAAGUAUUCAUAGAGUUGUAAA